GCAAAAAAUGUUGAAUGCGCCCUCCUAAAAAAAAAAUUUCAAGGAAGAGGGGUUAUACAAAUCUUAUUAAGUGGUAAUAUGCAGUGACCUUUUUUUUUUAAAAAUUGGCGGGCUGAUCUCGAGCAAUGCAUUUCGAUGUUAAAAGUGUUCGUAACAUCAUGUCUUACCGCCAAGCUUACAACAUCAUUCUUGUCGCUCCGAAAUGAAGAAAAUAAAAGUGGAGGGGUGAGUGUCGCUUCUAUAGUGUUCUAUGCUCCAGAUGUUCAACGUCUAACAGUUGUUAUCUUCAGUCGUGAAUCGAACCUAUGUGAAUUUGCCGCUGCUUGCUGUGUAUCGAGUUUCCGGUGUCACCGUGAUAGAUUCAAAUACCGUUCAAUUCUGUCUGUCGUGUAUUAUGUCUUCUCAAUUGUUUUCAGACGCCUUCUCAGCAUAACCAUACGUUUGUCGCACUUUUUACACUAGGAACUACAAGUGAGUACCUAUAUAACUUUUAAGUUCC